GGUUCUCCACCCAAGAUGACUUCAGUGACUAGACCAGAGACUGUAGAAGUGCUAGAAGAGGAACCAGUGACAUCUAAGACUCAUGAUCAUCAAUUGGAAUCAGAUCCCAUCCCUGUGGAAGUGUGUAAUAAAUCGUCUGCCUCCCUGGAGAUGACUCAAGGUGUUUCAAAGGGAAGAAUUCACGUUAGCUCCAGCCCUAAAAAAGGGGAGCGUCGUGAUCUCAGCCACGAGGAAGGACUUCUGUCCAGGUCCCUUCAUUUGUCUCCCCAAGAACAGUCUGCCCAUCAUCAAGACAGAAGGCAAUCCUGGCGGCGAGCAAGUAUGAAAGAAAUGAACAGGCGGAAGUCACUGCCUCCCUUUCAUCAGGGCAUCACAGAGCUCAGCAGAUCCAUCAGUGUUGACCUAGCAGAAAGCAAACGGCUUGGCUCUCUCCUGCUUUCCAGUUUCCAGUUCUCUGUUCAGAAACUUGAACCUUUCCUAAAGGGUACUGAGGGCUUCAGUCUUGAAAGUUUUAGAGCCAAAGCAUCUUCUCUUUCUGAAGAAUUGAAACAUUUUGUAGAUAGACUAGAAUGUAAUGGAACUUUACAGAAAUGUUUUGAAGAUUCAAAAGGAAAAGCAUCAGAUUUAUCUCUGGAAACAUCAGUGGCUGAGAUGAAGGAAUACAUAGCCAAAUUUUCCUUGGAACGUCAGAAUUGGGAUCAGCUCUUGCUGUGCUACCAGAAGGAGGCCGAGGAGUUCUUCCCCAGAGGAUCAACUGAAACAAAAAUUACUGAAGUUGAAGUGGAACCUACAGCAUAUCUUGGGUCUUCCCAGAGUGAAGUUCUUAAUACAAAGCCUGACUACCAGAAAAUAUUACAGAGCCAGAACAAAGUCUUUGAUUGUAUGGAGUUGGUGAUGGAUGAACUGCAAGGAUCAGUGAAGCAGCUGUAUGCCUUUAUGGACGAAAGUACCCAGUGCCUCCAGAAGAUGUCAGUACAGCUCGGGAAGAGAAGCACGCAACAAUUAGAUUCCUCACCCGCUCGAAAACUGCUCAAGCUUCAGUUACAGAACCUGCCUACUGCAAAAUGCUCUAAAUCUGAGUUACUGAUUUAUUUUUGAGAAUCCUCUACUUUAAUCUUCCUCAUGGAUGAACUUCAGGAUGUUCAACUCACAGAGAUCAAGCC